UGAGCUUUUUUCAAAUUCUGACAGAUCCGUUGAGUUCAUGCGUAAGAAAUAAUAGCUCACUUUAAACAUUUCAAAGAAGUAUAAGGAUUCCGUCUGCCUGCUUCCUCAAAAUCGCAAUGGCUCCGCAAAGGUUCCGCCAGCCAUCUAUUCGACGGGACAUAAACACAGACAUAGCAGUAAUAUCUAACGCAGCAUCUACAGACUCAUCAGUGCCAAGAUUACGGCUGAUCGCAGCACACUGUUCGAUAAUAGAACGUUCGUUCAACUUACUAAGUUCAGCUAGAAACUUAAUUUGAACUGCGGAAUUAUACGUUAGUGUGGUGUAAAAAAGGCAGACUGCUCUCAAGGAGUGCAACUUUAAAUGGUAAACGGUAACGUUUUCUCACAAUUGCGGAGUCAUUUGUUUUCUGUAUGAUCUUUUCCAUGUUGAAAACACCUAUCAAGCAAGUUGUGUUGCGAGCCUCCUUGUACUAAAGAAAACUAACAGUGGACGCAAUGAGACUUGAUUCAUUCUACGUCUUGUUGGGAAGUGUUGCCUUGGUUGGCAUUUCGUUUGCUCAGGAAAUUGCACCCGUGUUGGUAGUAUUUCACGCACUAGAGUACAAUGGCGCUGAGCCGGUGUGGACGCCUCGAGCAAAAAUAUCGAUUAAUUCACUAUCACAGCACACUGCCAUGGCUGAGGCAAACCUGAUGACUCCAGAAGAUGAGGCCAAGCUUGAACGAGUAGUAAAGGGAGGUCGAUACCAAAUAAAAGUCGUUGACACGUCGACAGGUCAUCACAUCAUCGCAUGGUCUCCCCAUUACAAGCCUCUUUCACAGAGACUUAAGGUAUCGCUGGAUCUGUCAGGAUUUCUCGAGAGUGUUUCAUUUCUACCGCCCGAUGUUCAGGCAGGAUCAGGAAAGGUCACCGAAAGAGAUCGGUUUUUAAGCGUGCAAAUCGAUGUCAUGAAAGUUGCUCCGGCACCAGAGACUGCUACGUACAUUCAGCGACUGGAAAUUGAACGGCGCGAGAAAGAGAAGUCCCAAGGACAGGACAAUAGGAGCUUCCUAUCCAAAUACUGGAUGUACAUUGUGCCCAUCGUGAUAUUUAUGCUAAUUUCGGGGGCAUCUAACCCCGAAGGACAAUAAGUGCGUGGGGGUCGUAAUGUGUAGAUUAUACAUAUAGAAGAAAGAAAUACAUCUGUAUAUAUAAUAGGAAAUUAUCGGCUGACGGCAAUGUAGUGUCCCCUAGAGUGGUCUUUAGAGGGAAACCAAGCCCAUUUUGUUCUAGCCGAUACAGAGAUUUUAAAAAAGGCUAGUUGAGUAUGAUUUGACUGUUGCUGCUGCGGAAAGAAGGUUAGAAAUGUUUUAAGAUUUUUCAUGGGUAGAAACCCUAGUUUAUUUAUUUACCUGGUAUAAUAAAUACCUAGUCAAAUUACCGCUAAGCAACAAAUCUGUAUUCUUUGAUGAGCUACGCGUGGGGACUGCGUUCAAAGGUCGCUGGAUUUUGCUGUUCGUAUUGCACUAUUUCCUAUUUGUCAUUUAUGCCAUGGUCUUCAUAGUGCAGUUGAAUUAUAAAACUUCAGAAUAAAUUAAUAUUAGUGGUUGAUAUUCUGACAGUUUAAAGUAAAAAAAAACGUAGACGGCAACACGGAAUGCGAAUGUGAUCGAUGAAGGAUAAAUGUGUUUACAUAAAAGUGUAAUGCCGUGUCUUACAUGAGUAUUAAUCAUAAUAACAAAGCCGCUGAAGGAAUCGACUAUACAGACGUCGUAAGUAGUUCGAUUCAGGAAUUGAAUUUUAUGGAUCUCGAAAGAUCUAAAUUAUCAUAAUGCUGGUUAAACCAUGAGUCGCAACGGCACUCAAUUUAUUCAGAGCGAUAUACUACGUAAUUGGUAAAAUUUGUCACUGAUAAAUUUUAGGACUGAAGAAUAACUUAUCAUUUGUUUUUUGCACCUACGAGUGUUAACGAUUUUCUGUAAAGCGAAUGAUACAUAUCCAUCAUCAUGAGAUUCAUCAAAAAAACUAUAUAAAUACCAUUCUAUCAAUUACAUUAAACUUUGCCUUUUAGGCAGCCAGAUUAAUAUCCUUGGUGAUUCUCUGUACAUUUAUUUGAUUCUACUACAAUAGAAAUUUCGCCAGUUUUAAUUCACUUAGCUUGACAUACGAAUACGUUCUGCCAAGUUUAAAGCGUAUGGGCUAGAUGUUAAUAGAUAAGCUACCUUUGACAUUAAAUGUACACAUAUUGAAUCUGUCAGAAAUGUCAAUAGGAAAUUAAAUACAGACAUUAUUUGCACUUGACAUCUAUAGGGUGCAUAUGUGCGUAUAGGCCGGGGUAUUAUUUGGCAAGUUCAUCAUAUACGAAGAGUAACAGUGUCAAAGAUUUUAAAUGAGAUCAUUCUUCGUUUUCGAGCAUCUUACGAGGAGUUCACGUUGAGGUUGCAUCCGUCACCUAAAAAAAGACUCAGAACGUCAAGACACGAAGUAUUGUGGGUGCAUUAUAUGAUGUAUCACGGCGAAUAUACAUGAACGCAUACUGAAAUCAAAGCAGGAAACAGGUUCAGCUUAUGUAUAAACACUACAUUCUAGAACGAAAUUUUUGUCCAGUAAUUCUAUAAAAUUGAUGCAAAUAUUGUAACUUCUGAUGGUAUAUAAAUUGCUCAAUUUCUACUAACAAAAUAUUAGAGGUCGGUUUUUCUCUUCUAACGAACUUUUUCUUUACGCUGCUUGUGAAAUCGACUAGGGCAUAGAUUAAGAUUUAAGAUUCUCGGUGCUUCAGGUGACUCAGUCUAGGUAAUCUUGGUCAUUUCAACAUCUUAAGAUAACUGUAAAAUUCCUCUCGUUUGGCCUGUAUAACUGUGAUUUAUAUGCCAAAAGAGCGUCUCAAUUUGAGCUCUCAAAGUUUGAAAAUAAUUUAACGUUGCUUCCAAAGAAUUGUAUGUAUUUUCGCUGGUGAUAUUUAUCUCGCCGAGGAAGAUGCCUGCUUUGACGGUUGCCAAAAACAAGUCAUCCUAAUAACGGUUCAAGGAAACAAUCACACGAUUUGAACUACGAACGUCACAAAGACGUCAGCUGAAUGCCAAUUCCUUGAUUAACACGCGUUUCCCGUGACGUUGGUCAGCGGUCGAUUAUAUUCACCUGCGUUUGUGACGAUUCGCCGUUGUCAUGCGAUACACUUGCAAAUGCAUUCGACACAAUGACAAAUCUCUAAAACAAUAUAACG